GGCAGUUGGGACACGGGAUGCGGUGGGUAUGGCAUCCGCGGACCGCUGGGCAGAAACUUGAUGGCUCGCGACAACCGAGCCGGCCACACAGACACGAGGGUUGUCACGUGCGACAGUGAGCUGAAAAAGCCUCCCCCCAACCUCGGAAUCUCUCCCAGCGCCAACAGCCUCACCACACUCGAUUCUCAUUCCAACACCAACAUCAUCAUCAUCACCAUCAUACUCAUCCAAUCUUAAAUUUUCAGAAUGUCCGAAGCCGCUGCGACAUCUUCUGGUCCAGAACAACAGUACAAAUUCAACGUGGCGAUGACCUGUUCAGGUUGCUCCGGCGCGGUCGAGCGGGCCUUAAAGAAACAAGAAGGAGUUUCGAAGAUCGAUAUCUCUCUAGAAACCCAGACCGUCUUGGUCCAUGCUCAUGCCCCCGCCACUUUCGAUAUCGUACGAGAAAAGAUUGCCAAGACCGGAAAAACUAUCAACAGUAGUGAGGUCGUAGUUUCUUAAAUACCGUCAACUCAAGCCAGUCCUACCACAUUCGGCUCUGGAGAAAUGAUGAUCGCUGUUAAGCUCGUUGAAGAUCGAUGGGAUUCGUUGAACGCCUCGCCAGAUCCACAACAUCACUUCAAUGAUCCAUCCUCUCUCCGAUCAGUGCAAUCCCGCCGGCAUGCUCUCGUUCUCCUUCUAUCUCUAUCUCUCUUCUCUUCAAAAUUGUAGCACCGUCGAAAUCAAUGUCUCAUUUACUUCAAGUUGACUGACAUGGAUGUGAACUGAUGAAAAAAAAUGAAAAAUGUUAGAGAUAAAAAGGGACGGAGUAAGAUGUGAUUCCUUUGUGAAA